AUGGAGAAGAUUCCGAGCUUCAAGGCCUUUAUGAGCCCCUUCGUUGAGUCUUUCGGUCAGGGUUUAUCCAUGACCUCCCCCAAAAAACAGCGCUUCAUCCUGUCGGGACCAACUCAAUCGAAAAUCAGAGGCGGAAGCGGUCAGCAAGGCGUCAAGUGGCUUGUCGCCAGCUCCCUCUCUUACAGGAGCACUCGAGGGCUUCUUGUGCCUGCCGGCUGA